CCGUCCAUCCGGCCAGCGAGCUAGGGAGGAAGGAAGAAAUUUCUACGAGGUUUAUGCGCGUGCUCGUUUCCAUGAACGAGAAGGCAGUUGCUCCCACAACCGUAAAGGACCUUUUCAAACGCACCGUUUCCCUCCUCCCCCACUCGCGGCGGCCACGUUUUCCUCAGGGCGCGCCCUCCUCGCGCCAAGGCUAGCCCCCUCCCGUUCUCCACGAACCUCUCGUUCUCGUACCUCGCCUGGCCUAUAUAAAACCGUCUCUGCAACCCACCACGAAAACCAUCGAGCAGUCGACAUCGAUCGCCGCGAAGCCUUCCUCUCGUCCGACUCCCUUCCCGUCCCGCGCCUGGCCUCUUCGUGAACCGAUGGCAACGAUGUCGACGGACAACCUCACCCGCCGCUUCGCCGUCGCGUGCGGCGUGCUCAGCCAGUAUGUCAGGACCAACGAGCGGCCGCCGCCGUCCUUCGUGCAGCUGGGAGCUGCCCAAGAAGGCAACGCCAACGCGCAGCAGCUGACCAUCUUCUACGGCGGGAGGGUGCUGGUGCUCGACGCCUGCCCGCCGGAGAAGGCGGCCGAGCUGAUCCGGCUCGCCGCGGCCGCGCAGGUGGGAGCGCUGGAGCCGGCGCUGGUGGACAUGCCGAUCGCCAGGAAGGCGUCGCUGAGGCGCUUCCUCGCCAAGCGCAAGGACAGGGCCACCGAAGCGGCCGGGGCGCCGUACAACCGUAAGGAUGGGGAGCCGGAGCCGGAGCCGGCGGCGAAGAAGGGCAAGCGCGAGGAGGAUUCCUCUUGGCUCGCGCUAGGCAGCCUGGGAGACAUGCACGCUCGUUGAUCGCCGGCUCCGCCGUCCGUCGCGCUGUGAGUUGAAGAGUUGACCAUCUCCAUCUGGUGUACGUAUACGUGGUUGAUACCGACCCGGUCAGUGGAGACGUUGUAUUCGUUUACCUUAGUAAUUUUUUUACGUACGGUUGCGUUAUUAACAACUACCAGUAGUGCCGAUUAAUCAAAUGAGCUAAUUUUUUUCGAAAGACCCAGAAUAUUGCCAGCUUAUGUAUUAAUAAAAAGAGGAGCAAUUUCUUUCGUUUACUA